AUGAAAGCAGUGAUGGAGUAUGAAGGCUGGGGAUAUGCUAUACUCAUGCAGAAUCAUGACGUCAUGAUCAAGACAGUGUACGAAACAGUUUCUAUACUAGACAUGUUCGCAGGAGCUAACGACGUGCACACGAGGCCAUGCGAACGUAGCCGCUGCAAUAAGUCCUUGAAAUGGGAUGUUCGUUCACUGAGAUUCUAUCGAAAUGGUAAACCAGUUUUGUCAAGAGCAACAGAGAAUUUAUGGUUCAAGACAGCGUAUAGUUCUCUUCAGUUGCAAGACUCUCAGUGUAUUCAGGAAUUUUCGUUAUUCUCUUACGAUGUCAAUACACCGACGCAUUGCGCCAGCUUCGCGCCCCAAACACAUAUUUGA